CAGACGACAUACCGACGAUCCGUAUGCAUGGCUUGCAUGGUUUCCCUUGUGGGGCAGUUGCCAAGACCGACGCUGUUUCUUGUACACAAAAUUCCUUCACCUUUCCUUCCUCUCCAACCCACUCACCACAUCAGCAAAAAAUGGCAGCCUCAACACAGAGCGCUCUAGAGGAGAUCGAGCGCCGCCGUGUGCAGCUGCAGCAAAAUGUCGAUAAGCUGCGCAAAGCCCUCUCCCACUGGACGACCUGGGAGGCUGAGUAUGAGGCGCUCAAGGAAGAGAUCCAAGCUGCCAGCGAUCCCCCACCCUCACAAAUACGUGAGAUGGCACGCGACCUCGAACUUACUCUCCUGGACCAUAAGGAAGUCGAGGAGCUGCUCUGCAAGAACUCGCCGUCGGAACGCACUGCUAACCAAGUUAUUGACAUGAUCUCUAGACGCAUUGACUAUGUUCGGACGAGUAGUGCUACUAUCGAAAAGAACCUCGAUGCUGCCGAGAAGAAGCUUGCUGGUGUCGAUGUCUUGCUAGAGCCAGGCAUGGACAAUGAAGAGGGCGAGCCGAUGAUGGACAUUGAGGAAGAACUGGAUGACGAGGGUAACGAAGUUUCAAGUUCGGUCAACCAGACAGGCAAGGCUGCGGCUGAGCUUGUUGAGGUGCUGCGCAAGGCCGGUGUCCAGAAAGCGGAGCUGGAGAAGAAGAACGCAGCGGAGGCGCAGGAAGCUUCUUCAGAUACGCCGUCCACUUCUGCGCAAACUUCACACACCACACCGGAGUCGAAACCUACUCCAUCCUCCUCCCAACCUUCAGACCCGGCGUCCGCAAAGAAGUCUGUGUCUUUCGCUGAGGAGGUCGACGUUGAAUCAACUCCGAAAGCUACACCACAACCUGCACAACCUGACAACGAUGCAAAAUUCGCUGUCGAUGAGGAGCUCACACAGGACGACUACGAGAGCUUGGUCAAUGCCAUCAUACCAGACGACGAGUCUGCAGAGGAAGCCGAGCUGAGAAGGCAAAUGCUUCAGUAUGGCAUGUCGGAAGUCGGACAGAUUGUCGCUGAACUCGAUCUGGACCAGCCUACUGCUUCAUACUCUGACGAGGAGGAGGAUGACGACUACGGCGACUACGAUACUGAGGACGAAGAAGAGGAAGACGAGUAUGGCCGCAGCACCAAGCCUGUCAUCACCGAAGAUUAUCGCAAGCAGAUGAUGGAACUGGAGAAGAAGUUGGGCGCUCGCAUGCUUGAGAAUGUAGGGCCCGAGUCGGCCAAGCCAUCUCUCGAAGACCACAUCGGAGAUAUUCGCACUAUGCGUGUCAAGAGCGACGAUCAGUUUGACGAGUCUCUGGGCACUUCAGUGUCGACGCAGGCGCCGGCUGAUACAAAGGAGUCGAAGAAGAAGGGAGUGCGCUUUGCUGACGACCUGGACAUUUCUGAAGCACCAAAGCCAGUACAAGAACCAACUCGAGCCGCGCAGUUACCCAUUAGAUCGACAACGACCAUAUCCGAUACCAUUGUCGAGCGGUCUGCAGCCCCGGUAGCACCAGUAGAACCACCCAAACCGGGCAAAGUAUCCAGGUUCAAGAGUGCCCGGGCUGGCGCAAACGCUCCUCCACAGAUGCUUCCGACACCUGAUGUCCCGGAAGCGCCGCCUGUGCCAAGUGGCCCUGCUGGACGAACACUAGCCAACACCAUUACCGAGCAUGCCCCUCUGCCCUCAGAGCCUCAGGCACCUGAUGAGUUUGAUCCAAUUCUCUUGGACCGCGAGAUCAAAGCAGAGUAUCACAAGGCGCGCAAUCGGUUCAUCCAGCGUCAAGGCGGUUUCAAGGCAACUGAAGAGGACGAAGAAAGCCCCAUCGUAGAAGAACGAGAUGGCAAGACCAAAAAGGUGAGCCGUUUCAUGGCGGCUAGACUCAAGGCCGAGGGUAUGUAAUAUCUCCGUAUAACGUCGCCACCACGUUCCCAUCUCCGCUUCCCUUUAUUCACCGUGACCGCCUCCACUGCGAGGGUUGCGUGCUCAUGCCUUCUGGCACGGCGCAAAGCUGAAAAGCUUUGCCAACGGAACAAUUCAUGUCCGUGGGAGAUACUAUUACCAUGUAUCAUGACCACAUUACAUUGCUUCCAAGAUCGAAACAAGCGGUACCACUAGACUCGCCGGGCCAAAUACUAUGCCUACUCGAGGUUCAUAUGCUCCGUACAUAUAUAUGAUGCCAGUAUUGGUAUAUUUCAAUUCAAGAUUACCAAAUUUAAA